CGGAACCGGAACCGACAGCGGGUUGCCAGGGCCUGGAGAGGGCUGGCGGCGGCUGUCUCGCUCGCACUGGACCUGCCGCCACUAAAGAUCCAGCCCAGCACUGUCGCAUCUGACCCGUAGACGGGUAUCCCACCCCUCCCCCCGUACACACUCUGAGAGGAGCAGACUAGUCACUUGAGAACUUCAUCUUGGAUGGAGAAGCAGCCCAGAAUCCACCGGCAGGCUGUCGGUUCCUUACUGGAGAAUUUGGCCACAAAGAGUUGCCAAGAUAGCUGGGCCAGGAAGAAAGCGCCGCAGCCCUGACCCAGACGCUGUUGCCGACCCCGGGGCACUCUGGCUGUCAUCCAAGCGGCUCAAGAUGUCUGGCGGGGCCAGUGCUACGGGCCCGAGGAGAGGGCCCCCCGGACUGGAGGAGGCCACUAGUAAGAAGAAGCAAAAGGAUCGAGCAAACCAGGAGAGCAAGGAUGGAGAUCCUAGGAGAGGAUCCCUGUCCACUCCACGAGAGGAGCAGCCCAAAGAGGAGCUCUUGCUUGAUUGGAGGCAGAGUGCAGACGAGGUGAUUGUCAAGCUGCGUGUGGGAACAGGUCCCCUGCGGCUGGAGGAGGUGGAUGCUGCUUUCACAGACACGGACUGUGUGGUUCGGCUUCCAGGCGGUCGGCAGUGGGGUGGUGUCUUUUACGCUGAGAUAGAAAGUUCUCGCGCCAAAGUACAGCCCCGUAAGGGUGGCCUUCUACAGUUAGCGCUGCCCAAGAAGGUGCCUCUGCUCACGUGGCCCUCUCUCCUGAAGAAACCUCUAGGGACCCAGGAGCUGGUGCCGGGGGUGCAAUGCCAGGAGAAUGGGCAGGAGCCGUCUCCCAUUCCCCUGGAGCCAGGCCCUGAGCCCCGCCGAGCUAAGCAGGAGGCCCGGAACCAGAAGCGGGCCCAGGGCCGUGGUGAGGUAGGCUCAGGGGCUGGCCCCGGGGCCCAGGCAGGGCCCAGCGCCAAGAGGGCUGUGCAUCUCUGCAGAGGGCCAGAGGGGGAAGGGUCCAGGGAUGGCCCUGGACCCCGGGGUGAUGCCCCACCCUUCCUGGCUGACUCGGCCACCCAGGUUGAGGCUGAGGAACAGCUCCGCAAACCACUGCUGAACGCUGCAACCUGUCUGCUGGCCUCAGAGGAGAAUUUAGCCCUUCUGGCAGGAGAGAAGGUGGUGUCCCCCGGAACUGCCCCAGUCUCCCCAGCCAUGGCCCUGAACAGGGACCUUGGGAAAGAUGACCCUGUCAAGGAGGAGAUGGCAGCGGCUGCAGAUGCUGCGACCUUGGUGGAUGGUAAAGAGCCCGCCAUGGUGAACCUGGCGUUCGUUAAGAACGACUCCUACGAGAAAGGGCCCGAUGCGGUUGUGGUGCACGUGUACCUGAAGGAGAUCCGCAGGGACACCUCGCGAGUGCUCUUCCGGGAGCAGGACUUCACGCUCAUCUUCCAGACCAGGGACGGAAACUUCCUGAGGCUGCACCCAGGCUGUGGGCCCCACACCAUCUUCCGUUGGCAGGUGAAGCUCAGGAACUUGAUUGAGCCAGAGCAGUGCACGUUUUGUUUCACGGCCUCUCGGAUCGACAUUUGCCUCCGGAAGCGGCAGAGUCAGCGCUGGGGGGGCCUGGAGGCCCCGGCUGCACGAGGUGCAGUGGGUGGUGCAAAGGUUGCCGUGCCGACAGGUCCAACCCCUCUGGAUUCAACCCCGCCCGGAGGUGCUCCCCAUUCCCUGACAGGCCAGGAGGAAGCCCGGGCUGUGGAGAAGGAUAAACCCAAGACUCGAUCUGACGACACGGGGCUGGAUGGUGUGGCGGCCCGUACGCCCCUGGAGCAUGUAGCCCCAAAGCCAGAGCCUCACCUGGCCUCGCCCAAGCCCACGUGUAUGGUGCCUCCGAUGCCCCAUAGUCCUGUGAGUGGAGACAGUGUGGAGGAGGAAGAGGAAGAAGAAAAGAAGGUGUGCCUACCAGGCUUCACUGGCCUUGUCAAUUUAGGCAACACCUGCUUCAUGAACAGUGUCAUUCAGUCUCUGUCCAAUACUCGAGAGCUCCGAGACUUCUUCCAUGACCGCUCCUUUGAGGCUGAGAUCAACUACAACAACCCUCUGGGGACCGGCGGGCGUCUGGCCAUCGGUUUUGCUGUGUUGCUCCGGGCACUGUGGAAGGGCACCCACCAUGCCUUUCAGCCUUCCAAGUUGAAGGCCAUCGUGGCAAGCAAGGCCAGCCAGUUCACAGGCUACGCACAGCAUGAUGCUCAGGAGUUCAUGGCUUUCCUCCUGGAUGGGCUGCACGAGGACCUGAAUCGCAUCCAGAACAAGCCCUACACAGAGACCGUGGACUCAGACGGGCGGCCCGACGAGGUGGUAGCUGAGGAAGCAUGGCAGCGGCACAAGAUGAGGAACGACUCCUUCAUCGUGGACCUGUUUCAGGGCCAGUACAAGUCGAAGCUGGUGUGCCCUGUGUGUGCCAAGGUCUCCAUCACUUUUGACCCGUUCCUUUAUCUGCCGGUGCCCUUGCCACAAAAGCAGAAGGUUCUCCCCGUCUUCUAUUUUGCCCGAGAGCCUCACAGCAAGCCCGUGAAGUUCCUGGUGAGCGUUAGCAAGGAGAGCUCCAGUGCGAGCGAGGUGUUGGACUCCCUGUCUCAGAGUGUCCACGUGAAGCCUGAGAACCUGCGUCUGGCUGAGGUGAUUAAGAAUCGCUUCCAUCGUGUGUUCCUGCCUUCCCACUCACUGGACACUGUGUCCCCAUCUGAUGUGCUCCUCUGCUUUGAGCUGCUGUCUCCAGAGUUGGCUAAGGAAAGGGUAGUGGUGCUAGAGGUACAACAGCGCCCCCAGGUGCCCAGCAUCCCCAUCUCCAAGUGUGCUGCCUGCCAGCGGAAGCAGCAGUCAGAGGAGGAGAAGCUGAAGCGCUGUACCCGGUGCUACCGUGUGGGCUACUGCAACCAGCUUUGCCAGAAAAACCACUGGCCUGACCACAAAGGCCUCUGUCGCCCUGAGAACAUAGGCUAUCCUUUCCUGGUCAGUGUACCUGCCUCACGGCUGACUUACGCCCGUCUUGCUCAGCUGUUGGAGGGCUAUGCCCGGUACUCUGUGAGUGUGUUCCAGCCUCCCUUCCAGCCUGGCCGCAUGGCUUUGGAGUCCCAGGGUCCUGGGUGCACUACACUGCUCUCCACUAGUUCCCUAGAGGCUGGGGACAGCGAGAGGGAUCCCAUUCAGCCGCCUGAGCUCCAGUUGGUGAACCCUGUGGCUGAGGGGGACACAGGGGUUCCCCGGGCAUGGGCAGCCCCUGAUCGGGGCCCUGUGCCUAGCACCAGUGGAAUUUCUCCUGAGAUUCUGGCUAGUGGGCCCAUUGAGGGUGGCCCUUUGCCUGCUGGCGAAAGGGUGUCCCGGCCUGAAGCUGCUGUGCCUGGGUACCAGCACCCAAGUGAAGCCAUGAAUGCCCACACACCCCAGUUUUUCAUCUACAAAAUCGAUGCAUCCAACCGAGAGCAGCGGCUGGAGGACAAAGGAGACACCCCGCUGGAGCUGGGCGAUGACUGUAGCCUGGCUCUGGUUUGGAGGAACAAUGAGCGCCUGCCGGAGUUUGUCUUGGUAGCCUCCAAGGAGCUGGAAUGUGCAGAGGAUCCAGGCUCUGCUGGCGAGGCUGCCCGGGCUGGCCACUUCACCCUGGACCAGUGCCUCAACCUCUUUACGAGGCCUGAGGUGCUAGCCCCGGAGGAGGCCUGGUACUGCCCACAGUGUAAACAGCACCGUGAGGCCUCCAAGCAGCUGCUGCUGUGGCGCCUGCCCAACGUUCUCAUCGUGCAGCUCAAGCGCUUCUCCUUUCGCAGUUUCAUCUGGCGUGACAAGAUCAACGACUUGGUGGAAUUCCCUGUUCGGAACCUGGACCUGAGCAAGUUCUGCAUUGGUCAGAAAGAGGAGCAGCUGCCCAACUAUGACCUGUAUGCUGUCAUCAACCACUACGGAGGCAUGAUCGGUGGCCACUACACUGCCUGUGCACGCCUGCCCAACGAUCGUAGCAGCCAGCGCAGUGACGUGGGCUGGCGCUUAUUUGAUGACAGCACGGUGACGACAGUAGAUGAGAGCCAGGUGGUGACGCGUUAUGCUUACGUACUCUUCUACCGCCGACGGAACUCUCCUGUGGAGAGGCCCCCCAGGGCAGGGCAUUCUGAGCACCACCCAGACCUAGGCCCUGCAGCUGAGGCUGCUGCCAGCCAGGGACUAGGCCCUGGCCAGGCCCCCGAGGUGGCCCCCACGCGGACAGCCCCUGAACGCUUCGCCCCCUCUGUGGACCGCCCAGCCCCCACCUACAGCAACAUGGAGGAGGUCGAUUAGCAGGUCCCUGGCUGAAGGGGGGGGUGGGGCUGGGUUUGGGGAAUCCCCUGCAGAGGGCUGUCUUUUUGCCGCUUCUUCUCUAACCCAGAGGACACUGGCUCCAUCAAUGGGAGUUGGGGGUAUGACUUGGGGGUGGGGACCUCACAGGGUUGGGACCUCUUGUCAGCUUGGCCCCCUGACCGGUGGGCCUUGGCUUCUCCAGCCACCUCCAGUACUGCGUGAUGUGAUUCUCAGUUGUACCUUCCAAUUCUUUCUGAUCUGCAUUAUAAAUGUUAUAAUUUUAUUCUAAAAAUUGUAAUUUUUUUUUGCAUUUUGGAAGUGAUUGCUGCUGUUUAAAUAUAUUUUAAGAAUAAAUAAUAAAUAAGCAGACUUGAUGAGUGAUCACCACAUGCUGUGGCCA